CCGUGCAUGUGAGGGAUCUAGGUUGCGCUGUUCUUAUGAGAAUCUAAUACCUAUUGAUCUGUCACUUUCUCCCAUCACGCUCAGGUGGGACCAUCCAGUUUCAGGAAAACAAGCUUAACACGCCCACUGAUUCUACAUUAUGCUCCUACCUCCCGGCAGCCUCGCCAGGCCCAGAACUCUCUCCAGUCAGCCUCUACAGACCAAGCUCAUGACUCACAAUGGCCUAUUUAGGCCCAUACCCUACCUCACGGCAGUCUCCGCAGAUGAGCCUACUGCCUCACAACAGCCUCCACAGUCACAGCUCCAUCGUUACAGUGGCCUCUUUAGACCCAGCUCCUGCCUCCCAGCCUUCUCUCCAGGCCCUGAACUUUCUCCGUUAGUUGAGUUAGCUGGGACUGUAGGGUCUCCCUCUGUUGUCCGAGGCUGGAGGGUAGUAGUGCUAUCGCAGCUGACUGCAGCCUCAACCUUCCAGGCUGAAGCGAUCCUCCCAUCUCAACCUCCCACGUGGCUGAGACUACAGGUGCUUGCCACUACGCCCAACUAAUAUUUGGUAUUUUCGUAUACGUGGAUUCCAGAGGGGUGACAGCGAAACGUGAGUGGGACCAUCCAGUUUCAGGAAAACAAGCUUAACACGCCCACUGAUUCUACAUUAUGAUUCUUCAGGCCCAGCAUCUGCCUCACUGUGGACCCCCCAAGCCAAGCUCCCAACCUUUCAGCAGCUUCUACACACCCAGCUCCCGCCUGCCAGUGGCCUCUUCAGGCCCAUGGGGCUCAUUCCUCACAACAGCCUUUCCAGUCCCAGUUUUUCCCUUCCGGCGGCCUCUCCGGGCUGAGAACCUCCUCAGGUCGGCCUCUCCAGACUCACUUGCACCCUCCAGGUGUCCUCUCCGGGCCAAGCUCCUCUUCCUGGCUGCGUCUCCAGGCCUGACUCCUGCCUCUCAACAACCUCUUUGGACUCAGUGCCUACCCAUCUCCUGGCAUCCUUGGUCGGCCCACAGCUUCCUCAAGCCAAGCUCCCCAGGCCCAGGUCAGGCCUCACGGUGCCCCCUCCACAAUGAGCUCCUGCCCUCCAAUGGCACCUGCAGGCCCCAAAUGGUCUCCGGUCGGUGGGCUCCUCCACGCCAAGCUUGGGCCUCCCGGUGACCUCUGCAGGCCCAAGUUGUCCUGAAGUCGGCAUCUCCCAGCCAUGCCUCCCAGCAAGUAAGCAAGCUCUUUUGGCUCAACUCCUGCCCAGCUCCCAACCGCCUUUGUAGGUCCCGAACUUUCUCCAGCCAAGUUCUUUGGGCCUCAUUCCUGCCGCCCGGUGGCCUGUACGGGCCCAGCAAUGGUUGGAGAACGGCCUCUGCAGGUCCCGCUCUUGCCUCCCAGGGGCCUCUCCAGGCCCAGCUCUUGCCCCCACGGCGGCCACCUGGGGCCAAGUCCCUGCCUGCCUCCCAGCAGCCCGCAUGCGGCCCAGCUCCUCCCUCACGGUGGCCUGUUGAUGCCCAUGCCUCUGGUACCCUGCCCAGAGGCAUGAGACCCUGCCACACACUGGCUCCUCCCACGCUGAGAGAGGUCAGCGUGAGCCCUUGCCUCACACCGGCCCCUCCCAUCCUGAGAGAGGUCAGCGUGAACCCCUUGACUCACACUGGCUCCUCCCACGCUGAGAGAGGUCAGCGUGAGCCCUUGCCUCACACCGGCCCCUCCCAUGCUGAGAGAGGUUGGCGUGAGCCCUUGCCUCACACCGGCCCCUCCCACGGUGAGAGAGGUCAGCGUCAGCCCCUUGCCUCACACCGGCCCCUCCCACGCUGAGAGAGGUUGGCGUGAGCCCCUUGCCUCACACCGGCCCCUCCCACGCUGAGAGAGGUCGGCGUGAGCCCUUGCCUCACACCGGCCCCUCCCACACUGAGAGAGGUCAACAUGAGCCCCUUGCCUCACACCGGCCCCUCCCACGCUGAGAGAGGUCAACAUGAGUCCCUUGCCUCACACGGGCCCCUCUCACUCUGACAGAGGUCAGCCUGAGCCCUUGUCUCACACCGGCCCCUCCCACGCUGAGAGAGGUCAGCGUGAGCCCUUGCCUCACACCGGCCCCUCCCACGCUGAGAGAGGUCAACAUGAGCCCCUUGCCUCACACCGGCCCCUCCCACGCUGAGAGAGGUCGGCGUGAGCCCUUGCCUCACACCGGCCCCUCCCACGCUGAGAGAGGUCAACAUGAGCCCCUUGCCUCACACCGGCCCCUCCCACGCUGAGAGAGGUCAACAUGAGUCCCUUGCCUCACACGGGCCCCUCUCACUCUGACAGAGGUCAGCCUGAGCCCUUGUCUCACACCGGCCCCUCCCACGCUGAGAGAGGUCAGCGUGAGCCCCUUGCCUCACACCGGCCCCUCCCACACUGAGAGAGGUCAACAUGAGCCCCUUGCCUCACACCGGCCCCUCCCACGCUGAGAGAGGUCAACAUGAGCCCCUUGCCUCACACCGGCCCCUCCCAUGCUGAGAGAGGUUGGCGUGAGCCCUUGCCUCACACCGGCCCCUCCCACGGUGAGAGAGGUCAGCGUCAGCCCCUUGCCUCACACCGGCCCCUCCCACGCUGAGAGAGGUUGGCGUGAGCCCCUUGCCUCACACCGGCCCCUCCCACGCUGAGAGAGGUUGGCGUGAGCCCUUGCCUCACACCGGCCCCUCCCACGGUGAGAGAGGUCAACAUGAGCCCCUUGCCUCACACCGGCCCCUCCCACGCUGAGAGAGGUCAGUGUGAGCCCCUUGCCUCAACCCGGCCCCUCCCAUGCUGAGAGAGGUCGGCGUGAGCCCUUGCCUCACACCGGCCCCUCCCAUGCUGAGAGAGGUCAGCCUGAGCCCCUUGCCUCACACCGGCCCCUCCCACGGUGAGAGAGGUCAGCGUCAGCCCCUGCCUCAACUGGCCACCGUGAGGGAGGAGCAGGGUCGCACGCGGGCUGCUGUGAGGCAGGCAGCGACUUGGGCCUGGGAGGUCGUGGUGGGGUGAGAGCUGGGCUUGGAGACUCCCCUGGGAGGCAACAGCGGGGCCUACAGACUCUGUUCUCCAGCCGGAGCUGGGACUGUUCAGGUACUGGGAGGUGGGAUGUGGGUCUGAAGAGCUUGGUUGCAGAAACUUUGGGGUCUACAAACGCAGGCGGGAGCUGAGCCAAAAAAGCUUGUUUGCUGGGAGGCGGGAGAUGCAGCCAGGAGAAACAGCUGUGCCUGCAGAGGCCGCCAUGCGGGAGGCGGAGGCCGGGCCUCCUCAAAUCGGCCUCUCCAGACCCACUUGCAGCCUCCCAGCAUCCUCUCCGGGCCCAGCUCUUCCUCCCGGCUGCGUCUCCAGGCCUGACUCUGGCCUCCCAACAACGUCUUUGGACUCAGCUCCUGCCCAGCUCCCAGCAGGCCCAAGUUGUCGUCAAGUCGGCCUGGAAUUGGGCCCGGAAGAGCAGCAAGUCGGCCUCCCCGGGCCCAGCUCCGUCCUCUCAGCGGCCUCUCCAGGUGCAAAACUUCCUCGAGUCAGCCUCUCCAGGCCCAGCUCCUCCUGCCUCCCAGUGGCCUCUUUCAGCCCAGACCAGCUCAUGGCUCUUGGCGGCCUUCCCAGGCCCCGCUUUUGACUUUUGGUGGCCUCUUCAGGCCCAGAACUUGACCUCCAGUGGGCCUUUGCAGGCCCGGCCUCCUGCCUCUCGAAGGCCUGCACGGGCCCGGACUCACAGCGGACUCACAGCGGACUCUCCAUGCCCAGCUAGCUCUCGCCUCAUUGCGGCCUCCCGAGUCCAAAGCUCCUGCCUCUCGGCCGCUUCGGCAGGCCCAGCUCCCGCCUGCCAGUGGCCUCUUUAGGCCCAGCUCAUUCCUCGCAACGGCCUUCCCAGGCCCCGUUUUUCCCUUCUGGCAGCCUCUUGGCCUCUAAUUUGUUUAUCUUUUGUGUAUAAAUCCCAAAAUAUUGAAUUUUGGAAUAUUUACACCAUUAUGUAAAUAUUUUGGUAGGUGAUUUAUUUGGGGUGAGUUUCUGCACCAAGCCCGAAUUUUUUAUUUUAUUUUCCUUAUUAUUUGGUGUUAAACAGGUUUAAUGACGGUCAUGGCAACUGUUUGGCACAAUGAAAAAUAUCGCCCAUGAUCAACGUGUUCUGUUCUGGGGAAGGGGGCAAAGGCAGGGUGAAUCACUUUCUUAAAAAGUAUAGCUCAAGUUGGGAGUGCAGAGGGAAUGGGGAGAAAACCCUCCCGCUGCCUGUGUCGAAGUGCAGGAGCCCCCACCCCCAUACUCACCUGAGUCCAGCCCCUCUGGGGAAAGAAGGGGUGCAUGAACUCCCCCUAGUCCACAGGCACCUCCCUGUGGCCCAAGGCCCUCUUCACACUCCAUCUUGUAGCCCCAACAGGAGCUAUUUUCCGAAAAUAGCUUUUGGAAGGGUUGCACCAGAGCCUGAGCAGGGUGAGGUGGGGUCAGGCAGGGCUGGGAGUCAGGGCAGGGGCAGCAGCAGUGGACCCGCUAUGCACACAUCUUCUUCUCCAAGGUUUGUGUGCAGAACCUCCUGCCCAUGCUGCCCCAGCAGCUUCAGUUGGCACCUGCCCCAGUCCAGCCUCUGGGACCCAUGCAGCAGCUCCCAGCGGCCCUGCACCCACCACCAGCAUCCGUUUCACCUGCAGUUGAAGAUCCGUGAGGUGCCCAGAAUAUCAUGUAGUCAUCAGUCCCACGGAGCAGCCCGCGAGGCUGAGGGUCCUCCCACUGGACCGCCCCCCAUCUGGCACCAGUGCUGCCCCUGCCCCUACUCUCAGCCUCACGUGACUCUCGGGCAGAGGCAGUGGUGGGGCAGCCAGGGCAGCGUCAAGAGUCUGAGCCAGGUGAGGUGCAGUCAGGACCCCCACAGGGCUGGGAGUCAGGGCAGGGGCAGAACAAACCUUGGAGGGGAAGAUGUGUGCAUAGUGGGCCUGGAGGGCGGCUGUGGCCUAGUGGACGGGAAGAAGCAGUGGGCCUGGAAGAGCUGCAUGAUCAGGGCUGGCACUGGUCCAGGGUGCGUGCAGUGAAGAGGACAGCGCCUUCUCGGUCUCCGGUUCCCUGAGCCUGUCCUCGGGAGCCUGCCCCUACCUGAGAGGCCCUCCUGCCCGGCACCCACCUGUGGAAGCCCAGUCCAUUCUUCAAAGCUGUAAUCACUAGAGUGCCGUGGGUUGCAAGUGACAGAUAACCAACUCAGAGUGGCUUAAACAAUGAGGACAGCUGAGGUCUUGCUGCACCAGGGUGCACCAAUGCAGCAGCCCCUCAGCACUGUUAGGGUGAUGGUUCUCUCCAUCUUUGCUUGUGGCUGUGCGCUUUUCCUUGUAGAGCAAAAUCAAGUCCCGUUUCCUAUUCCUAAGGGUGUCUGGGUGAGGAAGGUUCAGGUGCAAACCAAGGUCAGAAUGACGCUGUCAGUCUCCAUCAGCCAAGCAGGACCCUCAGGUCCUAGGUGGCUGCUGCAGGUCCAGGCAUCACAUGUAACAAUAAGGUCCUUGGCUGGGUAAGGAAUUGGUAAGGACCGAUUCCUUUUCUCGUGUCUCAGUUUAAGAGCGAGGAAACCUCUCCCAGAAGUCCCCAGGAGACCUGUCCUUUUGUCUCGUUGGCCAGAAUUGGAUCACGUGCCCGUGUUAAACCUGCCCUGUGUGGUUCACCCAGGACCGGGUCAGGACUGAUGCCUGUGCAGGUCUGGAGCAAGGACAAGGCGUUGAGUCCACCACAAAGGUUCUCCAUGUUAGGGGGCAUAUUCCAGCCCCCAUGGGCUGUGGUGCCCCUUCCUUUGAGCCCAGAACCUCUUUGGCCCCAGUCAUGUUCUACCUGGACCUGUGAUAUUUGUAAUGCACUCGAUGUUAUGGCACCAACUAUGUGGCAGGCUCUGUGUUAGGCACAGAGAUACAAGAAUGCUGAGAGGCAACCUCUGACCUGAGGGUGUUCAUCAAAACCAAGACAAACAGGCGACCCCACAGCGAGGGACAGGGAAGCAAGAACCCAGAUGGAAAGCUCUGGCUGGCGGAGGUCACUCACAGAGAGGGCUCAGCCCUAAGACUGGGAGGAGGGAGGAGGUGGGCUGACGGAAAAGAGGAAAGGGAGGUGCUCUUGGCAGAGGAACAGCUGUGUACGCAGGUCCUGAAGUGUCAGAAACUCAGCCCAGUGUAGGCAAAACAAUAGAGCCAAGUGGCUCAAAGAAGGGGAAGAGACCUAUGAGGAGGCCAAAGCGGUCAUAUCACACAAGGUCUUGAAUGCCACACCAAGGAGGCUGAACUGAGUCCAGGAGUUGAUGGAGAACCUUUCAACAAUUUAAAGCAGAUGAAUGAAGAUGUUUAUAAAAAUCUUAACACUUGUCUCUAAGCUCCUGGGAAGCAGGGAUGAUGGCUCGUUUCUCUCUGUCCCCCCUGCAGUGCCGGCCUGGCUGAAUGGCUGUUUCCCCAACUAUAAAAUGCUUUCAACACAAGCUUGAUGAUU